AAUCACACCGGUGGAAGAGCGCUCGUGGCGCCCGUAGCCUACCUUGUAUCUGAGGACAGGGCGGUAUGAGCUGAAGAAAUCCUGCUGUGUUAUGAUGUUUUGUGAGCGGUUGAGAUGGUGAGCGGCGCUUGACAUGUGUCGUGGUGUUAGAAUAGAUUUAGACUUUUAGUUCGGUGUUUUUUGAUCUAGAAUAGGCCUAUUUAGUUUUUUUUAACCCCCCCAGGGUAGUUUUAGCUUCUCAAAGCACAAUGACACUAUUUUGAUUUUUUUUUUACUGGAAUAGUGAGACAUGUGCGGCAGAUAGGCUGCGUCUCUUGUCACCUAAAACCAGCCGGCACCACCGGGACCGGACAUUUUUUACAAAGACAGAGACCAGGAGAAAGAGACGCAACAUGUUUGAAGCUGCAGGGAUCCCCCUCGUCGUGCUGGACUUUGUCUGUCUCAUACUCGUUGGACUUCCAUUUUUUAUCCUUACCCCUCAACACAACCCUUUCAAACGGGGGUUCUUCUGUAACGAUGAGUCUAUCAAAUACCCCCUCAAAGAGGACACCAUAUCCUACCAGCUGCUGGGAGGAGUCAUGAUCCCCUUCACACUGAUCGUGAUCGUCUGUGGCGAGUGCCUUUCUGUUUACUUGUCUCACAUCAAGAACCAGUCUUUUGGGACCAAGUAUGUGGCGUGUGUCUACAAAGCUGUGGGGAGCUAUGUGUUUGGAGCUGCUGCUAGCCAGUCUCUGACAGACAUAGCCAAGUACUCCAUAGGCCGCCUGCGGCCAAACUUCCUGGCUGUAUGCAAACCAGUCUGGAAUAGCAUCAACUGCAAAACUGUCGGAUACAUCGAGAACUUCACCUGCACUGGAGACAAGUUUCUGGUAGAUGAGGCCAGACUGUCCUUCUACUCUGGUCAUUCAUCCUUCUCUAUGUACUGCAUGCUGUUCCUUGUACUGUACAUUCAAGCCAGACUGAGGUCAGAAUGGUCGAGGCUUCUGCGUCCCAGCAUCCAAUUCUUCCUAAUUGCCACUGCUGUGUAUGUGGGUCUCUCUCGAGUGUCUGACUACAAACAUCACUGGAGUGAUGUGCUCACUGGCCUCCUGCAGGGAGGUUUAGUGGCUACUCUCACAGUGUUCUGUGUGUCCAAUUUCUUUGAACAGCCGGUGGACCCAGUGGUGUCACAGGAGGUAGAAGCCUCACACACCAGUUUACAGGAAAACCCUUUCAAUGGGAACCACUAUGGCAGCACUGAAUGAAUCUGAGGCCUCAGAGACAAUACUCUUUAGGGCCUUUAUCUUUAUUUUAAAAUAGUAACGGAGGACCUAAAACACACCAAUGAACUGCCAGUGUUUGAUAUUAACUGCUGACUGUUUUUGUGCAUUUCUUCAACACAGUUUGGCCUGCGGAGCCAAUGCUGCAGGAUUAAGCUGCUACCUUUAGCUGCUACCUUUGGUGUGGUCCUUAAACUUUGAUUAAAGGAAGAAAAGUGCACUGCAGAAGACAGUUAAUGCACUUUACUGUGAUAUAAAGAAGCAGAACUAUCUGCCAAGGUUUUGGGUAAAUCCAACAUAAAACAGUUUAUUAUGGAAUGACAAAAUGAAAAAAAACAGCAUGUUGGGUUUACCUUAGAAAGAGUUGCUUUUUUACAGUGUGCGCUUGUUGGAAAUGUGGUUUCUAGUGCAUAUUGGUCUGAUGUUGCCAUCAUGAAUGAAUGAAAUUCCUUUUGCCCAGAAUAUAAUGAGUGUCUGUGUGCGCACUGCAAGCAGGCUUGUAGAGAGCCUGGCACCUGUGAAUUAGAAAACCUGGACUGGAGACUGAACUCAGAAAUAAUAUAUUGUAUGUUGAUGUUCUGCUACCUGCUGUCUGUCUUGUCACUUCCCUGAUGUUGUUUCAUGAAUGAAAAAUACAGUUUGUAUGAAACUCACUAUGUUUUGGUCCAUGCAGAAGCUUUAAGUAGUAUUGUUUAGAGCAGUAGUGGGAAAAAUGUAUGCUAAAUAAAGAGAGCUCUGUUUUGCUACUUUGCUAAAAAGGAGGGAAAUGACUCCUGUGUGUGCUGUCUGUAGAAAAAACAAAGCAGAUGUAAUGCAGGGGAAUGGAGCCUUGGACACAGUGCAGCUGCUAAUUUUAAGUGUAGACUUAUUUGCUGCUGCAGAAUAAUUUGUCUUUUUUCUAGUUAGAAUCCAGCGUAAGGAAUGGCAUUAAGCAAGAGAAAACAACAGUGUGAUUUAUUAACCAAAUGCAAAAAUGUAGACCUGUAUGAAAACAAAACCCUGCUUUGGGCGGGUCAUUUACUAGCUGUGUAGACAGACCAUAGAAACCACAAGCAUGCAAAUGUGCAACAUGUCUGUUAUCCCGGUGUCAUGGAUUAAGAGGUUAAGCAAUACCAGACUAUCACUGCAUAUUCUUGCUGUUUCCAACAGGAAGAGGUUGACUUGUCUUCACCAGAGAAAACUGUCAGCAGACAGGCGCUGAUGGUUGGCUGCUAAUGUCAGAGUCGAGGAUCUGCUUAAGAGUUUAAAUCCUAUUACAAUGACUGAGAGAACUAGGUUUAGUUUAACACACAGUGACUGCAAUAAUACCACACUCAUCAAUGUCUACAGUCUACAGGCUCCAUGCAAAGUCACUUAUGUAUGUAUCAGCAGGGCAAUUGGGAUUCUUCUGCACUCAUUAUGUGUGUAGGUGCACAGCUAUGUUGACAACAGGCGUUGGCCUUUUAAGUCUUUAUUGGAAGUCAAACUGUGAAAACAGUAUUGGACAACACAUUAAAUUAUUGUGAUACAGAAGUUAGUACAGUAACAAGAAAACUGGAUUCACAAAAGUUAGACUACAGUAGCUGUCCAUUUAGCUAUGACACCUCAUUCAAGAAUUACACUGAAAUAUCAACAAUAAAGCUGCCUUUCAUGUCA